AUGAAAUCUGUGCCAUUUUACCACGUGCUUGACUUCUUUUACGAUGACGAGGACGGCUGCGCUCUCACGAUCACUCGGAAUUCGGUUAGAUUCCAUAUCAUUGCUGACGGCAAGCAACUAAAGCGUGAAUCUGACGCGGAAGAGGGCCGGGAAUACUUUCGGCUGCUGCAAAGCUUGCGAGAUUCUGAGCGAAAUGAGGAUGAGCAGACCUCAAUCGACAGUGGCGUGGGUCUUCACACGACUGACUCCGAGUCCAAGCGAAGUGGAACGACUUGUGAAAAUACUGAGGAGCAAAUGCGCAAAUGGAUGUUAGCACCCGUGUCUGCACACCUCAACAACCUCGCCCCUGACCCAUCGCCGUCCGAUGAACAGACUCAGACCCUGGAGCAGUGGUACUCUUGCAAGACGCACUUUUUCAACCUCGAAAUCGUCGACCAGGACCUUCAAGCCGUCGAAUUGGCAUCAUCAGAGGACCUUGAGGAAAGGAUGACGAAACUCAGGCCACACCUCGCGCCUGUACCGAAAUACAUUAGCAACAUUGACGUGCCUUGGUACUCUUCCGCCGACCUCGCAGUCCUUGAAUGUGCGGACACACCAGACCCGUACCAUCCGUGUCUUGUAAAGCACCAACAGAGCGGCGAGCAAAUGUUUUUCAAGACAGUCGAUAACAACAACAUUCAGCCUAUAAAACGAGAGAUUCACAUUUUGGACAAGAUAGAAAAGAGAGGACUAAGACAACAGUUCUAUUGUCCGAAACUCUUGGGGAUUGUAACAAGCGCCACGCCAGCCGAAGCCGAGAAGAACAGCAGGAACUCCAUCAUGGGCUUCCUACAGACAGCAAUUGAUCAACCGACGCCGCUGACCACAAAACUGGACUCGGCAAUACCGCAAGAUAAACGAGACGCCUGGGCUCGGAAGGCUGACGAGGCGAAGAAGACCUUGCACGAAAACGGCAUUAUCUGGGGAGAUGCUAAAGCGGACAAUUUCGUGGUGGACGCGGAAGAGAAUUUGUGGAUUAUAGACUUCGGCGGCAGCUAUACCGAGGGCUGGGUUGAUCCCGAGAUCGCCGAAACAAAACAGGGUGACAACAUGGGAGUGAAGAAAAUAGUCAAUGCGUUGAGAGACCCCGACGAAAACGUUGCUGGCAACGAAACCAGCAAAGACGGCGAACAUACGAGAGUCACGUCGACAAUUGGCCGGACAAGGAAACGGGUGGACGGAUCCCAUGGAAAAUAG